UGGAGGGGGGGAGUGGGGGUGCGUGUUGUAUAAUGACAGCCGCUCGUCAUCUCCCUCUAGUGGCCACCACGCCAGCCUGCCGCCAGCAGUAGCGUCCGCAGUCCAGUCCGCGCGCUCUUGUUGUGGUCAGUGAUACAGUGAUACGCCACUUCGCCAGCGGGCAGCCAGGCAGCAGCAGCUAGAGCGAGCGGCCGGCGCGGCAGACUGCAGCAGAGCGGUUCAGCUCCCCGUCCGACUACGUCCGACGACACCAACAUGGCCAAGCUCCUGGUGCUGGUGCCCGCCCUCUUGGCCCUGGCGGCGGUCGUCCCCGCGGCGUGGGCGGCGGACAUCGAGGACUGCGCCGAAGCGGAGGACCUGGGCAAGUUCAUCGAGGCCAAGGUGUCCGGGUGCACGGAGGACGACACCAAAUGCCCGUUGAUGAGGGGCAACAACGUCACCAUCACCAUCAAGUUCAAGUCCAACAAGGAAAUCAAGGCGGUGCAACAGGUGGUGCACGGCGUGUUAGCUGGAGUGCCGGUGCCCUUCCCCCUCGAGAGCCCCGACGCCUGCCAGAACACCGGCUUGACGUGUCCACUGGUUGUGGGCGACCACACCUACAACUACGGCCUCUUCAUCAAGCCCGUGUAUCCCAAGGUAUCCGUGAAGGUCAAGUGGGAGCUGCUAAACGAGGAUAAGAAGCAGAUAGUUUGCUUGUUGAUCCCUGCUAUUUUGAAAUAGACCCAGCACAUCAGUAACUUUCUAUCCAUUUUAAUUAUUUUUUUUAAUACAAACAAUUAUACUUUGUCCACUUAAUUAGGAAAUUAUAAUGGUCCUGUUUGCACAAAUAAAUGAACAAAAAAAAAAAAAACAGCUCAAUUUAA